CCUCCGAGACUCAGGAUGGCGCCGGCCGCCGAGCCGUGAGUGGAAUCGGUUCUCGCCCAGAGGUUUGCGAAGCGCUGCGUUUGCUAGUUUGAAUCCUAGUCACUUUCGGGAUUCUGGAAUCCAGAGCAGCACCGUCCAAUAACAACGCAGCGCAAGCCACGGAGGAGGAGAGAGGGCUAAUUUUUCUCAUGCCGCAGUAGCAAACGCAAAACGAAGCAGGAAACCUCACAGAAACUUGAAACCCUCAACCAUCUGGAACUCAGAAAUUCAUUCAGGGCUGUCUGUGGUUUCUCGAACAUCCAGGUGUUCUGCAGAUGCCCGAGUUUUUCCUGUAGUCGCCAGGUGGGGUCUCCAGCAGACGGUGAGGCUUGUGCUGCGAUGCUGACGUCCCAGAAUACAGAAGGGGUCACUUGCUAAGUGACCCAGCACCUCGGUGACACUGAGGUCUGACUGUUGCCCUCAGACUGUUGAGCUGCAGUGGGAGCCAUUCACAGCAGAGGGUCCAGCCACGGCAGGCGUUGCAACUUUCCUGCCUCCUGAAUUAGGAUUCCAGAAGGGCACCUCGUUUCAGAAGCCCCCUCCAUCCCUGGAGCCAUUAUCACCACCAUCAUCCCCACAGCCACUGGUACCUUCUGGCCAACGUCGGCCUUGCUCCCCAGGGACCUCCUGCCUUGAAAGUGCGCUUUGGGAGAACUGUCCCCUGCUAUCACUCCGAUAGCCGGAAGCCCCAUCCGUCCCACCAUGGGCUGGCUCUUCCUCAAGGUUCUGUUGGUGGGAGUGAGCUUCUCAGGCUUUCUGUAUCCUCACGUGGAUUUUCACACCAGUGGGAAAGCGAAAGACCGGAAACCGAAUUUCGUGAUCAUUUUGGCCGAUGACAUGGGGUGGGGCGACCUGGGAGCCAACUGGGCAGAAACAAAGGACACAGCCAACCUCGACGAGAUGGCCUCGCAAGGAAUGAGGUUUGCGGAUUUUCACGCAGCGGCCUCCACCUGCUCGCCCUCCAGAGCCUCCUUGCUCACCGGCAGGCUUGGCCUCCGCAAUGGGGUCACGCACAACUUUGCGGUCAGUUCCGUCGGGGGCCUUCCGCUCAACGAGACCACCUUGGCCGAGGUGCUGCAGCAGGCGGGCUACGUCACCGGGAUGAUAGGCAAAUGGCAUCUUGGACACCAUGGCUCUUAUCACCCCAACUUCCGUGGUUUUGAUUACUAUUUUGGAAUCCCGUACAGCCAUGACAUGGGCUGUACUGACAGCCCAGGCUACAACUACCCUCCUUGUCCAGCGUGUCCACAGCGGGAUGGGCCAUCCAGCAGGCUCAAGAGAGACUGCUACUCGGACCUGGCCCUUCCUCUCUACGAAAACCUCCACAUCGUGGAGCAGCCCGUGAACCUGAGCAGCCUUGCCCAGAAGUACGCCGAGAAAGCCACCCAGUUCAUCCAGCACGCAAGUGCCAGUGGAAGACCCUUCCUGCUGUACAUGGGCUUGGCCCACAUGCACGUGCCCUUACCUGCGACCCAGCCACCAGCAGACCCACAGGGCCGAAAGCCGUACCUCGCGAGUCUCCAGGAGAUGGACAGGCUUGUGGGCCAGCUCAAGGACAAAGUUGACCGCACAGUGAAAGAAAACACAUUCCUGUGGUUUACAGGAGACAACGGCCCCUGGGCUCAGAAGUGUGAGCUGGCAGGCAGCGUGGGGCCCUUCAUUGGAUCAUGGCAAACACAUCAAGGAGGAAGUCCAGCCAAGCAGACCACCUGGGAAGGAGGACACAGGGUCCCGGCACUGGCUUACUGGCCGGGCAGAAUCCCAGCCAAUGUCACUAGCACUGCCUUGUUAAGCAUGCUGGAUAUUUUCCCCACUGUGGUAGCCCUGGCCAGGGCCAGCCUGCCCCAAGGCCGGCAGUUUGACGGUCUGGAUGUCUCCGAGGUGCUCUUGGGCCGGUCCCAGACUGGACACAGGGUGCUGUUCCACCCCAACAGUGGGGCAGCUGGAGAGUACGGAGCUCUGCAGACUGUCCGCCUGCGACAGUACAAGGCCUUCUACGUCACCGGUGGAGCCAGAGCCUGCGACGGACGCGUCGGGCCUGAGCAGCGCCAUGAGCCUCCCCUCAUUUUCAACCUGGAAGAUGACGCUGGGGAGGGUGCGCCUCUGCCGAGAGGUGGUGCCCAGUACCAGGCCGUGCUGCCCGAGGUCAGACAGGCCCUUGCCGACAUCCUUCACGACGUUGCUGGUGACAGCGUCUCCAGAGCGGACUAUACUCAGGAUCCGUCAGUGAUCCCCUGCUGCGACCCUGCCCGAGCCGCCUGCCGCUGCCACGCCAAGGAACCGAGCCUUCCGCCAGGAGAAGUCUCUAGAAAUUAGAUGGGCAAGUUCACUUUCAAACUGCGCUUUUACCCCUUUACAAACAAUGCCAGAAUUCUGUUCUGAGGCAGCCCCUCUGUUCCCUGCCCCUCCCCAUACCAGCCUGGGGGCGCAGCUGAGCUGAGCUUGCUCGGGGAAGUGAGCACAGGGCAGUGGGAAGCAUGCCACAGGCAUGAGUUCGAGCCUCAGGUUUUGAGCUUGGGCAAUGAUUUAACCCAAACUGCACGUUGAUGUUGAAGGGCAAAUAAGGCUGCAGCUGAGGAAGCCUCGCACAGGGCCGGCACUCAGCACGUCUCAGGCUCAGGUUUGCUAGAGCAGACCUUCUCCAUCUGAAAUGUGCACACAGGGGCCAGGGUUGUGGUCAGAGGGUUAAGCUGCCCCCUGUGGUGCUGGCAUACCUAGGAAUCCCAGCUGCUCCACUUCCCAGUGCACCUGGGAAAGCAGUGGAGGAUGGCUCAAGUUCCCAGGCCCCUGCCACUCCUGUGGGAGACCCGGAUGGAGUUCCAGGCUCCUGGCUUCAGCUUGGCUCUGCCCUGGUGGUAGUGGCCAUUUGAGAAGUGAGCCAGCAGAUGGAAGACCUCUCUCCCUGUUUCUCCUUCUCUUGCUGUAACUCUGCCUGUCAAAUCAAUAAGUAAAUCUUUAAAAUAUAGUAAAAUAAAAUAUGCACACAAAUCCCUAGGUGCUUGUGACAAUGUGGGUUCCGACUCAGGUGUGCUGAGUGAGGCCCGAGAGCCUCCCAUGUCUGGCAGGCUCCCUGGGGACACCUGGAGCUGCCCCGUGUGGGUCCAGACCAGGAUGGGUCAGCUUCCAGGUCUGACAGCAGCGGCAGCCAUAGCAAGAUCCACGGCCCUGGCCCCACUUCCCUUUGUACAGGGCCGCUGACUGCAUGUAAUUGACUUUAGGAGUUCUUUUCCCCCUAAAACCUCAAAACAACAAAACCAAAAAGCCUCAGCAAUGCAUUGCCACGAU